AGUUCGUCUUUACAAACGGCAAAUACACAAAGGAAGUCUUCUCGAGUCCAUAAUCCCCUUUACCCUCGAUUCCCUAGCAUCUUUCUGCGAUGUUAUUCUCACAAUGAUGUUUCCCACACCAGACGCACGACUAUGUUCCCCUUCUGUCGCGCAUGUCAUGGACCGACCCGAAUCUUGUACCAACUGAGAAGCACAGGCUCAUGCAAGCCCGAGACAGCGAAGGGGUUCACAGAGAAACCAAGGUCCCGGAGAAAAUAUAUCCUUAGUGGUUGCCUCGAGAAUCCAGGGUCCAUCAUGAGAACAUGAAUGACGGCUAAAAAUGGAGCUUAACGGAGGGCCGAUUAACCGAGACAAAAGUCCAAGCUGCUGGUUUAACGCCAGUUUGACCAGCCAGUGUGUGUUCUGUAUUAUGUGGACCGGGGAAGGCCGGACAUCAAACUACCCACGAAGCCCUGUGCUCCACCUUAGAUGACAGCAGACCAUGACUUAUCGAGUCUGAACGAUCUAGCUUCGACUCACGAUUCAUCCUCGUUCCGUCCGGCCGCCACUGACACAGAACCAGGAUUCGCGGCGACAUGACCAACCAUAGCUGACGAAUGCGGAUAAAUGUCCUGGCAGAAGGCUGACAAAGCUGAGGCUUCCCACAGAGAUUCGAGGCAUAAGUAGGGAUCGAUAUGCGGUGGUAUAUCCACCAUGUCUCUUCUCGACCCUCCUCCUCCUCCACCGACCAAACUCGGGGUCUACCGGAUUCUUUCGCCCAAUGCGGGAGUCCACGUGUCUCCCCUGCAGCUUGGAGCGGGGAGCAUUGGCGAUCAGUGGCAGAAGAUCGGCAUGGGUGCGAUGGAUAAAGCGUCCAGUUUCAAGCUCUUGGACGCGUAUUUCGAUGCUGGCGGUAACUUCAUCGACACGGCCAAUGCAUAUCAAGACGAGACGUCUGAAAUGUUCAUCGGCGAGUGGAUGGAGCAGCGGGGCAUCCGAGACCAGAUCGUCCUUGCAACCAAGUUUACGAUGAACUACAAAGCCCGUCGGGGCGUUGCGAUCGAGGUCAACUACGCCGGGAACAGCCGCAAGUCGAUGGCGAUUAGUGUCGAGGACAGCCUCAAGAAGCUACGCACGUCGUACAUCGAUAUCCUCUACGCUCACCAUUGGGACUGGGACACGAGCAUCCGCGAGUUGAUGGAUGGGCUGCACAACCUCGUCACCCAGGGCAAAGUCCUCUACCUCGGCAUCUCCAAUGCCCCGGCGUGGGUGGUCGCACAGGCCAACCAGUACGCGCUCGAUCACGGGAAAUCGCCCUUCGUCAUCUACCAGGGCGCCUGGAAUGUCAUGGACCGGUCCUUCGAACGCGAGAUCAUUCCUAUGGCCCGCGCACAUGGCAUGGCCCUGGCUCCAUGGAACGUUCUCGCCCAGGGUAAAUUGCGCACGGACGCCGAGGAGGAGGCGCGACGCGUCUCUGGAGAGAAAGGUCGCAUGCUGCUCAGCCAUGACUGGGAGCGAAACGCGCAGGAGAAGGAAAUGUCUCACGCACUCGAGAAAGUAGCUGGCGAGAUCGGAGCUAAGACUAUCGCUUCUGUCGCCAUCGCCUACCUGAUGCACAAAGUGCCUUACUGUUUCCCGCUCAUCGGGGGCAGAAAGAUCGAGCACCUCAUGUCCAACAUCGAGGCUCUCGAGAUCUCGCUCUCUCGGGAACAAAUUCAGUUCUUGGACAAUGUGGUAUCCUUUGACCCGGGCUUCCCUACGACCAUGAUCGGCGAUGGCACUGCACCAACCCCUGCUUUGCUCACAGCCGGGCACUACGAUCGAAUGCCCCUUCAGCAGACGAUUCCUCAUACGAAAAAAUGAGCCGGAGGCGAUAAACCGGACAAGCAUAGAACGUUAGUGCAAGAGAAGUAGGCCGCAGUGUAGGCAUAUUAUAUAUGUGAUGCAACUCUUGAUUGGAUCGAAGCGUGCCUUGGAAGUGCCGACACUGGGCAUUCUUACUCGUGACCAUCCGCGGGAUGAUGCCCUUCUGCUCUUUCGGGCUGCACACCCCGUGCAUGAUGGAGAGCUAUGUAGGCUAUAGCCAGGCGCAACUUGGCACAACUCUCUGCCCAUUAUGAUCAUCCCAUCGCCGCCAUCGACGCAUCGAUGACCGAACGAGUAGACGGAGAAACAGGCUAAAUCCAACGAGCACACACGAAGCGGCUCGGCGAGCCGUACAGUUGAAGCAGUACGUCGCACCCACAUCUUAGUGCAGAAGAAUCGCACUCGGUGCACCUCCGUCAUGCAUUGUGACGAAGAACUCCAAGCUCAGAUGAAUCCUUCAGAAAUAGCGGAGGUCGGAGAGUCGAAGCACAAAGAGGAGGAAGUGUCAAGAGAAGCAUCAAGAUCGAUAGAUAGCACGAAUGAAUUGCAACCGAAAGACAGUAGGACAACAGGCCAGUCUUCGACAUAGGCAGAUAUGAUGUAGGCACCGCACCACAGCUCCCUGCACUCUGCUUCUCCUCCCGGCGAAUCAUGAGCGCCAGCCAACGAAGGCGGCACCUCCCCACCAAGACGAGCCAUGAGCGAGAACAGGAAGCGGAUACGGAGGCCCGACGCGCGUGCGCGCCGGCCGUUACUCUUGAGGACGGGAACGCGGACAAGGAGGCGGGAGAGCUUAUACCGAGUCCGAACUUUUAUCUGUAUGAGUGUCAGCAAGGGCUGGAGGACGAGGAGGAAAGGGGUACGGAC